GUCUUUUCCGAUGCAAAGUCAGGUUUUGUUGUCCCUUGUUGCUACCCGUCCGUAUCGCACUGGCCUCCUGCUUAGAAAUGGCUGAAGCUCCCCCACGACCCUGCCGGUUUUUUUGUCACCGGUGUUCAGCAGAGAUUAGUCCGCGUUUACCGGACUACACCUGUCCACGCUGUGAAUCUGGUUUCAUUGAGGAACUGUCUGAGGAAAGAAGUACUGAAAAUGGGUCCGCAUCCACGUCCUCCACCAGUGAUCAGAACCGCCCAGCCUUUGAGAGCAUGGAUCACCAACACUUGUUCACAUUUCCCUCUGGGUACGGUCCGUUCGCCCUCGGGAUUUUUGACGAGAACUUUGACCUUCGAACGCGGCUACCCUCAGAGGACAACCGAGAGACAGAAAACAGGAGAGAAAGGGAAAUGGCAUCGCGGCAACGAUACAGUGCACGGCAACCUCGGGGUCGACAUGUUCCUCGAAGACAGGGUACACGCCAUGAAGGAGUGCCCACACUAGAGGGAAUUAUCCAGCAGCUAGUAAAUGGCAUAAUAGCACCUACAGCCAUGCCAAAUAUCGGGGUGGGACCAUGGGGUAUGCUACAUUCCAAUCCAAUGGACUACGCGUGGGGUGCCAACGGUCUUGAUGCUAUUAUUACACAGUUAUUGAACCAGUUUGAAAACACUGGUCCACCUCCUGCAGACAGAGAAAGGAUAAAGAGUUUACCCACCGUUAACAUCACAGAGGAACAUGUGGGUGCUGGUUUAGAGUGCCCUGUGUGCAAAGAAGACUACAGCGUUGAAGAGAAUGUUAGACAACUUCCAUGCAAUCAUUUGUUUCACAAUGACUGUAUAAUACCGUGGCUGGAACAGCACGAUACGUGUCCUGUGUGCAGGAAGAGUCUAAGCGGACAGAACACAGCCACGGACCCACCGGGGUUAUCAGGAAUGAACUUCUCUCCCUCGUCCUCGUCCUCUUCCUCCCCCAGCUCACCUAGCAAUGAGAAUGCUGCCAGAAACUCUUAGAUUUUCACCGUCGCCUCGCAUCUGAAAACCUCACAACAUACGUCAAACGAGACCCAACGGCUCCGAGCUGAGACCAGGGCGGUAGUCUGUCUCAAUUCUAGGGGACGAUAUGAGUCGAACUCUGAAUCUGUUGCAGAUUUUCAGUCACCAUUCCUCCCCCUGUGCUGAACGGACACCCGGUCCAGCUCCUGCUGCUACUAAGCCGAGUAUUUGAAAGGGUGGGACUGGGCAGUGUCGAUAGAGGAUCCAGCUAGGCUGUGAAUAAUAAUUAUAAUAAUAAUAAUAAUAAUAAUAAGUGGGAUUGUGACCAGAACUGGAGCAGAGUUUAUGCCGGAGUGAACUGCUUUUUGAUGGAGACAUGUCUUUGCUACGAGGCUUUGGCACAUUUUAUAUUAACGACAGAAUGCUCUUUUUUUCUUUCUUUUUUUAAACAUAGCCUGUGGUGGUGCAGAGUCCAUAGAUGUGUAGAUAGAGAAUUCAUUUUGAAUGGUCAGCCACUGUACAGCUAGUAGAUCAAACUAAAACCUUGUGGAGAGUGUAUGCAUCAGAUUUUUAUUUAUUUGCACCUUUUUGUUUUUUUAUUCUGCACAAAAUUGUGUCUGAGGCUAAAAAUGUGAAUUUGGGUAAACUACUGAACAAACAAAAAAAGUUCUUUGCAUUAAAUAAGUCUUUGAGGA